UGGUAGAUAAACCUUACCCCGCCAUAUUUUCAAAACCAUCAACUCCUUGGACAACCACCAGUGCAUCUCACGAAUCUCACCUAUCUCACGAAUCUUACAAUCUCACAAACUCUACCUGCUACAAAGGCUCAGCUAGGACUGCAUGAAAAGUCAGGAUUCAAAUUCAUUCUAUCGCACAAUCACACGUUCAUACAACUGACAAUUCAAAUAUGGCCACCGCGGUCGACACAAUGACAUUGUCGGAUAGGCAGAGGAAGCCAAAGGAUGUUAAUUUACCUCCAGAGAAUGAACGAUACUUGAGAGCAUGUUCAGAUAUUGCGAGCGCUUUAGUACAGGAUCAUGAAUCUCAACAGGAUCCAAAUGUACCAAGGAAGGAUAUCAAUUUGAAUAGUUUACGCGCCAAAAUGUCCAAACGUCACAGGCUCAGCAAUAUUCCACCAUUAACUGCUAUCAUUGCCGCCAUUCCAGAACAUUAUAAGAAAUAUAUCCUUCCAAAGUUGAUCGCAAAACCCAUUAGUAUGUAUUCCUACGCGCAUUAACAUCUGCGGGCUAACAGUACACAAGGGAGUGCUUCUGGUAUUGCAGUUGUCGCAGUUAUGUGUAAACCACAUCGAUGUCCUCAUAUCGCAUACACAGGAAACAUUUGCGUCUAUUGCCCUGGCGGGCCUGACUCUGAUUUCGAAUAUUCUACACAAUCAUAUACCGGUUACGAACCUACAUCGAUGAGAGCUAUUCGAGCACGAUACGACCCUUUCGAACAGGCUAGAGGACGGGUAGAUCAAAUCAAGUCUUUGGGUCACAGUGUCGACAAGGUUGAAUAUAUCAUUAUGGGUGGAACUUUCAUGUCACUAUCUGAAAGCUACAGAGAUGGGUUUAUCUCCCAAUUACACAAUGCGCUUAGUGGAUACCAGGGAAACAAUGUCGAUGAAGCAGUUCAAGCCGGAGAGAUGAGCAACAUUAAAUGUGUCGGUAUUACAAUCGAAACACGACCGGAUUACUGUCUGCAGCCACAUUUAUCUGCCAUGUUGAGGUAUGGCUGUACCCGUUUGGAAAUUGGUGUGCAGUCCCUAUAUGAGGAUGUCGCUCGAGAUACCAAUAGAGGUCACACCGUUGCUGCGGUCGCAGAAACAUUUUGCUUAGCGAAGGAUGCUGGUUUCAAAGUUGUGAGCCAUAUGAUGCCAGAUUUACCUAAUGUCGGAAUGGAGAGAGACUUGGAUCAAUUCCGGGAAUAUUUCGAAAAUCCGGCCUUCAGAACCGAUGGUCUCAAAAUUUACCCAACACUUGUCAUUCGCGGAACUGGUUUAUAUGAACUCUGGAGAACUGGCAGAUACAAGAACUACACACCAAAUGCCCUGAUUGAUAUAGUCGCUCGUAUACUCGCUCUCGUACCACCCUGGACUCGUAUUUAUCGUGUUCAAAGAGAUAUACCAAUGCCUUUGGUUACAUCUGGUGUUGAGAAUGGAAAUCUUCGAGAGCUUGCAUUGAGCAGAAUGAAGGAUUUUGGUACUACCUGUCGUGAUGUCCGAACUCGUGAAGUUGGUAUCAAUGAAGUCAAGAAUAAGAUCCGUCCUUCUCAAGUUGAGCUUGUACGAAGAGAUUAUACCGCGAACAAAGGAUGGGAGACAUUUUUGGCAUAUGAAGAUCCAAAGCAGGAUAUCCUAAUUGGAUUACUCCGCUUGAGAAAGUGUUCCUCCACACACACUUUCAGACCUGAACUUACUGGACAACCCACGAGCAUAAUUCGUGAGCUUCACGUUUAUGGUUCAGCUGUACCUGUUCAUGCUCGUGAUCCAAGGAAGUUCCAGCAUCAAGGAUAUGGUACAUUACUCAUGGAAGAGGCCGAAAGAAUUGCUCGAAAUGAACAUGGAAGUACGAAGAUAAGUGUCAUCAGUGGUGUUGGUACGAGGGAUUAUUACCGAAGAUUAGGAUACUGGCUCGAUGGCCCUUACAUGAGCAAGAUGCUACCACCAAAGGAUGAUGAGGAUAGUGAUGAUGACUUCUGAUGUCAAAAUAUCCAGGAAUCCUUCACUCAAGUCGUGGCGCUCCGCUGUGAAAUGUAUCAAGAAGCUUAGCUGAGAACGCGAUUGAUUGUGCUCACUAUAUUUGGGUAACCAUGGCUCGGUUUUGGCGCUUUGGACCAUAGCAGGAUAUUUUACCUACGCUUUGCAAAAGGUCUAAGGUCAUUUGCUGGAACCUGAAGUCCAGAAUUUUUCCAAGUGAUAUUACACCGGAAGAAGUAGUUGAUGUUCUGGAUGCUAGGCCAGGAACUCCCGUGUGUUGGCAGUUGACUCUCGUCACUGAAACAUCCUCCUCCUCCUCGCGGUAUUGUCAUUUCCAGAAAAAUAUCUCCUAUGCCAAGAGUGUGCUGAAUGCUAUUGUCUUUCACCUCGUCAUUAUCGGAUGUUUCAUUCGUUCCCCGCCUGGAUAUGAACCAUUGCAGAGUAUGUCCACAUUUUCCAGUCUUAUUUCAAUCACAUCAACUGGAGGCACGUCUAGGUAUGGGCCAU